AUGGCGGAGCCGCAAAGUAAAGCGGAUCGAGAACUGCAUCAUGUUGCUGUCUCAAGCGAAAUGCCGCUCACCGGGUCCGAGGAAAAGGGAGAUGACAGUUAUCCAGGAGAAGGGCAGGAUUUAGGGAGCAGGGAGAUUUGGUCAAGAAAGCUAGAUUUCUUAUUGUCCUGUAUAGGUUACGCCGUGGGUCUUGGCAAUGUAUGGCGAUUUCCCUACCUAUGUUAUAAAGGUGGUGGAGGUAUGUUUUUCUUUCGCUCGGUUGUGUUGUAAAACUUUCUAUCCUUUGAUAUGGAGAAGGUCAGGCUAUAUAAAAAAAAACUAACUCGAUUGCUGAGAAAGCGACGACGCCAGCGCAUUAAACUUAUGCCGCAGAACUCACUUCAGAAGUUAGUACUUGAAAAAUGAGUAGGUACAAUUCAUGCUUACUUUAUCGUUAAUUUCAUUUCCCUUUCCAUGCGUUCGGCGUACUGCUUUAUCAUGUUAGUGAUAGAAAUUACGCACUGUGCUCGUAGUGCAGUACAAAUAUCUCACCAAAACAAAGUCACCGCCAAAAAACAUUAAUCACAAGCGAUAUAUGUAUGAUGUUCACGCAUGAACCUGCGUGGUCGACGUUCAGAAGGGGUAAAGAGGGCAGUGAAUUCGAGUGUAAAAGUGCAUUGUUGGGAUCUACAAAUAUCGCAUUCAGGGGCGGUUGCGAUUGAAUUCCGCUCUUUUCUUUGUUUCACGCCCGCUGCGUGGACGGUUUAUAAAACCUUUUCUCGAUCAAAAAAUUACCUUUUAAGAAAACAAACACUACAAAGGUAAGUGGCUGCUUUAAGUGUAUUAAACACUUUGCGAGUUUGGUUUAAAAGCAAUUUAAUUUGACCGUUAAUGUUUUUCUAUAGCGGAAACUUGCCAGACUUGCAAGAGGGUAGACAACCUUUUUAACCUUAGAGACGAAUUGUGAAUUAUGCUUGGAAACCCGAGCUUGAUUUGCUCGAUUUUCACUUCCGCUCGUUCUCUUAAUCAUCUUAAUCCGAUUCAUUUGGAUCGCAUAAAAAUGCAAAUACUGAUUGUGAUCGCUAAAUGCAUUAAACAAGUCCAGAGGACCGCUAAAUAACGUAGUUGAUAUCUAUUAAAAGGAACCGGAAAUUACUAGCGAGAUCAAUACAUGACGUUUCGGCGACGACAUAUCACCAUUAUCAAAUGUAAAAUUAUUAUAAGUUCAGUGACGUUGUGUAAAGAAAGGAAAGUGUGAAACUAAAUUAGAAUAAGAAUGAGGUGAAGUAAAAUAAAACAACAUUCAUAAUUAAAUGAACAGUUUCGCUGGAAUGGAAUCUUUUUAAGUGUUCAGAGUCGCUCUUUUUCCUCGUGAAAAGCAUCUCAUAAAUGAGGCACUCAAACUUUCCGCGGCAUUUCCUUAGGAUGGCAAAUUGCUCGUGAAGAUUGUUCCGUGUUUGAUUGUGUUCGUCCUGAAGAUGUUUACCGAUGACGGAAUAUUUGUGCUCCUCAGUGCGAAGGUGGAGGUGACGGUUCGUGUAGCCCUAUAUAAUUCGCAUCACAAGAAUUACAUAGUCAAACAAAACGCAUUGUUGGUUUACCGGUGAGGGCUUUGUUUCCGUGACUUUUAAAUCUUCCGAGAUUCUCCUACUUGUGAAAACUAGUUGUUGUACACGGUCGAUUUUCUUUCCAAAGUCCGGCUUAGCUGUCUGCUCACGGUGUCGGCGGAUUUCUGGUCUUUGAAAGGCAAGUGAUUCGUACCGGGCUGUCGAUUGGCUCAAUUCGGUUUUGGUUCAACAUGGCUCUGAUAAUGGAGUAGAAACCCUUUGUUGGUCUAUUUUCUGUAGACACAGGUGCUGAGGAUUGCUGCUUCCAUUGUAAAUUGGAUUGCUGAGUGUGCAUCAUUCUGAAAUGAAAAGAAAUCAGUAGCAGCGGCAAGGUCGGGUACUAGAGCGAAGGUAUUGUCGACGUAUCUUCUGUAGAAAUCGGGAAGCUUGUUUUCACGUGCAAGUUUCUCCUCAAUGGAGCACAUAAAGGUGUUAGCCAUUAGUGGUCCUAAUGGUGAGCCCAUGGCAACGCCGUCUAUUUGCUUGUACAAAUCACCGUUAAACUGGAAGAGUUAGUCUUUAGUUGCGAUUGUAAGCAGCUUGUCGAGGUCGCCCUCACAAAUGUUAAGGUCGUGUGUGUUGUUAAGCCAGUUCCCAUUGAAUGCUUUCUUCGCUAAAAUCUGAAUAGUUUCUUCAAGAGGUACGUUAGUGAAAAGGGCUGUGGCGUCAGAUAUAAACGAUCGCUGAUAAGAACUAUGUUGAUCGCGCCGACCGCUUUUCAUCCUCACCGGAUCCUUCCUCAAAAGAAUGUCAGGAUCUGAAAACAAUGUUUCUGAAACUGAAAAAUCCUGGGAAACUUAUUGAUUCUAUGUUCAAGAGAUUCCACGCUUCCCAAGACCAGAACGUUGAACACUCAAAAAGACUUCACUCCGGCUAAACUGCUCAUUUAAAUAUGAAGAUUCUUUUAUUAUACGUCACCUCAUUUUUAUUCUAAUUUAGUUUCACACUUUCCUUUUUUUAUAUAACAUCACUGAACUUAUAAUAAUUAUACAGUUGAUAAUGGAGACAUGUCGUCGCCGAAAUGUCAUGUUUUAUCUCGUUACUUUUUAUUAUGAAAUGUUAAUCUUUCGUUAUCAGAACCGGAAAUUGUUGACCAUUAUUUGUAACAUCCGUGGAAUGUUUCUCGAACCGUUCAGCCUGGCUGGGCUCUGCCUCAGCGUUUUCUUUCGAUUUCCAGAGGGUGGAGUGCUACUAUGCGAAUCAAACAUAUUUCUUACCUUGCCUCUUUUAAUAGAAAAAUAGCAAUAGUACGGUCAACAAAGGAUGGUCGUUUGCGUGACUACCGUGCCACACGGAAGUAUGAAAGCGUGUUUCAGUCUGUGUUAGUGAUAUAAGUAUAUAGUUUCAGAACAUUUUUAGAUAGGGACGCCGUUGUUGUGGCUGGGUCACACAAGAAAGUGGCACGCUGCCAACCACCAACGUUGAUCACAAGAUCAUUUUCGUUUAACGUUUCGUUGGCUGUAGUGUUGUUCUCAGCCAAAUUGAUAUUUUGCCUACGAGAACUGAGUAGCAACCAGACGGCUUUGGAGACUACGGAUAAACAUUUCCUUAAGGAAACGGGAGAGGAGACUAUUGGGGUAUUGAGCUAUGUAAAUUGGGAGAGGGAAGCAACAUUGUGCCACCCUCCUCCCCCCUCAGAAACUCGGUCAAUGAAAAUUUAUGGAUGACAAACACACUUAGAAUCAUAGACAAUAAAUACAUGUGCCUGACAUGUGCUGACUUGAUAAUCAUUCAAAUAGAUGUAUUUAUAUCACGAAACAGUCACCAAUUUGCCUCUUAAAUAUUAUCACCUGAACUGUACUUCAAAUAAAAUGACGCUUAUUUUGGACUUUUACUUUGGUUUUUCAUAAUUUUUUUCGAGGAGUUCAACAACAGGGCGAAUUCGCAAGGACGCCGCAGCGAAAUCAUGAAUGAUGCCUUUUUCUUCCAAGAAAGGGUGUAGAGAUAACAUCUUCACGGUAUCUUGGACGAAUGACAAUGAAAAGUGAUUAAUGUGUGAAGUUUGGGUCUAAAGAUCGUAUUGUUUGAAACAGCCAUGCGCCCUUUUUCCAACUUUCCACGCUAGUGAAAGAAAGCGACUGGGUAAACCUAUACUACCCUCUUGAUCAAGUAGAAUACAGUUUCUUUGUCAUGAAAACAAUAUUUUUCUUAACUUCGCUGUUGUGUUAUGGCUAUACUACGGAAAGGAGCCAAUGUCUACAAACUUAUCAGUGGUAAACCGGUUUAACUGGAAUUAAAUAGCCCUUUUGUAAACUGGAAGUUUCCUGUUUUGAACUCACGCCGCGUCGUGAGUGAGUAUUUUCUUUCGCGAUUGUAACAUCAUCGUAAUAACUCCAACCAAUCAGCAACGAGGAACCUUUCCGUCUGGAGUUAGUCUUCAUAAUAAAUGUUCACAUUUCUCUCCGUUGAGCGCAAAAGUUAAAAAAUUUCAAAGCUGUCUGACCCGGCAACCUCUGAAUUUCUGAGAAUUCAUGCCCCUAAACAUGUUUGCGAAUGUUGUCUUCAGAAAAUAUCUUUCAGGAGAUUAUUAAAAUCUGAUCAGAACGGUCAGACUGGAAACUGAUCAGACUCGGAAAUUCUGGAAAUAUUUCAACUCUGAUCAAAAAUCGUGUAUUCCUCUCGAGAGGGAAUACACGAGAGAGGCCUUUCACGAUCCGAGUUGCAGUUGAAUAACGAAAACCGGCAAAUUUCAUGAUAACAUGAAUGGAAUGUUUUUAAUAAUAACUUUACUAUGCAGCCCUUUGUCUCGUGGUCAAAAUAAUUAUGCAGUUUCCAAAGACCAGUGAUCCGUAAUAUCGAGCACGCGGAUAUACCGCCCAGUCUGAGCAGUGUUAGAAGCAACGAGUUUAAGCGUUGAACGGCUUGCCAUGGCGAACAAAGGGGUCGAGUUAUACCCAGUUGGCUAUGAUAGCCGCGCAGGUUUGGCAGAUUCCGAGAUCAGGCAAAGUAAGACAAGUUUGGGUAACAAUGGAGAGCCAGAAGUUGAAUACGUAGAAGAACGAGAGACUUGGGGGAGAAAGCUGGAUUUUUUGCUUUCGUGCAUCGGAUACGCCGUCGGUCUAGGAAACGUUUGGCGCUUUCCUUAUCUUUGUUACAACAACGGUGGAGGUAAAUGACAUUGUGUGUGUCGAGUUGUUCUACGUACUACGCCAUUUAAUACUACAAACAAGUUAUGCAUAAUGAGCAACAGAAGUACUUCACGCCUUCUUGUUAACUUUUUAAGGCUAGUGCAUCGCUGAGCACUGAGUUUAUAGAAAAAAUAUCUCUUUUAUUUCGAAUAGAAAAUUUUCUAGCAAUCGGAAGCGUGCUAAUUCCGUUCUGAAGUCGCUGGUACACAGAGCAAAUCCAAGGAAGCGCGGGAACGUAGCGUGACCUAGUCGACGGCUCUCGAGAGUGAAUCAAUCAAUUGAAGGAACCGUCAUAUAAUCCGCCAGCUAAAGAUAUGAACGACUUGCCAGUGCCUUUUCAACUGCUUACUGUUCAGAAAAUUCGAUCUUACAGAGUUAAACGCAAAAUGGAAUUCUGUUUUCAGAAACCCAAGGCUUAGACGAACAACCUUAAAUUUGCAUAAUUAUUCAAACUCACAUCUUUUUGUUUUAAUCUGCUGUUCAAAGUCCUGUACAAUUAGAUAUUGAUCGACUAGUUCUUCCCUAAACGGAUACAUAUGAAACCCUUUUUUUAUAUGAAAUUAGACACGCUGAUAUUAAAUUCUAAAGAGUAACCCGACAUUGCAAAGUCCUUUCGGUCGUUCAACUGUGUAUUGGCGCCACUAUUGUACUGAACGCGAACCAUCGUCAUCUGUUGCUCACGUGAAUAAUUUUAAGGAAGGAUGAGUAUCCAGUUUCAUAAAAAGACUCUAACCUUAUUCAUACACAUUUAGUUACUAGACUACUCACAGUUAUCUUUGUCUCUACAACUGCACAACCGGCAUAAGAUUCGUAACAUUAUGCAAUGGCCUUGAACUCGACUACUCGAUGACAUAACUUAUCUGAACACUUCAAGUCUUAAAAAAAUAUUUCCUGUUUACCAGCGUGAGGUAGUAAGGAAAUCUCAUUUCAUUUUAUUUCAAUUGACAAUGAAAAGUCGCAAUGAUCUCGCGUUGUGAAAUCGCUCACCGAACCGAAAUUAUUGAAUAAAGCUCCUUUGUUCUUGAACAAGGCCUUACACAAAGACACUUAAAGUUGUCAUCAAACAUAUUCCUUUCGGAACAAACAAAUAUUUCAAAACGAAAUGACGAUUUCAGUUUAUUUAAAUGCUAUAAAUGUUUUCUAAAAUGGCUGGGUCAUGUAAUUUUCUAAGCAACCAAUACUUAGAAUAGAUGGAAUAUGUAGUUUCGUCAACAGAAAAGUAUCCUGCAGAAAUCCCGAAGUACAAAAGAGACAAGUUGAAAAUAGUUGAAACAAAUCUUUCGUUGUUCUUUUGCUUCUCGUUGCAAAUUCCUGCAAAUCUUGCAAAUCUGUUCAUCGCCUGCUAUUUUCUGCACUUCCGAGUACUCAAAUCGCACGCGGUUAAUUACAACCAAGUGCUCAACAAUACCGGUUUAUAACUUAAGUGCGCCGUCGAAUUUACAUUUUGAAACCUAGUUACCAUAUCAUUAUCCUAAGAAUCAAAUAACCAUGACGUGGCGGAUCAGUCAGUAUCUGUCACCUGAGGGGGGAGGGGGAAGGAUUCUAGGGGGUAUCGGAUGGCAAUCACGGCGAACGGGAGUGGAGGAGGUCAGUAGUCAUCAAUAGAGUGUAAAAGGGGAACUAUAGAUACUUGAUAAUGUGGGGGUAUUAUUAAUAUUACAGAGCAUUAUAGGUAAGGAAAAUUUGAUCGUGGCACGGCAAAGAUCAUCCGUCCCCUUCCCCCCAUAACGCCCUUCCCCCCCCGCCGCGCCCUGCGGCGAUAAGUAUCUACAGGUUCCUAAAUCUUCCCAAGAACCGAGCCUCACGCCGUCAAGUAUGGUCAUUCAUUUAUCACGAGCGCUUCAUAAGUAAAAAGCUGAUUUUCUCAUGAUAAUUUAAAAUCUGAAGCUCCGAGGGAAUCCUCCGAGGGAAAUUAGACGCCAUCGUUAUCGGACACUCGAGAAUGUUAAGAACAUAUUUCUAAUUCUUAGUAUUUUGUUUAUUAACGGCAGCUGGGAGUAACGAAGCGUAGUCUAUUUCAGCUUUCCCUCUUAAUUUUUGCUAUUAAAAUUUUGCUCGCAGUUUUACUUGUUUGUAAAUUAAUACAAAUCUGAUGGGCCAUAAUGUAACUGUUUAAAAGAAUCAGGUUAAAGCUUAAGAUAUUUUUUCACAACUUUUGACUCGAUGAAUCUCUUUUUUGGCUUGUUCAGCUUCCUUCCUGAUUCCUUACCUGAUUUUCUUGGUGUUUUGUGGAAUUCCCAUUUUCUACCUGGAGGUCGCCCUCGGUCAGUAUACCCAACAAGGCGUGGUCGGUGCCUGGGCAGCCUAUGUUCCCUUCUUGGGAGGUAAGAUUUAUACUGCUUGUUUUGCUUCAUUAAUCAUGGAGUGUAUAAAGAAUAUUAAUAUGGUUGAAAUAGUAAAAAGUCAAUACAUACUCUGCGAUGACACAAGUUAUGGACAUUGACUUACAGAUAUUUUUCUCAUAUCCAAUUCCAAAUAUAGAAUAUUGAACGCCAACUGUGUUGUAACGGUCUUAAUUUCUGAAGCCGCUUUAACACAGCUAAAACGAAGGGAACAGAGAAGGAAUAUGUAUCGUAAAUGGCUGAUUACACAUGGAAAUUUCACCAACAGUUUUGCCUUUCUAAUGGGGACCUGUUCAAUUCGUGUUCUUCCCAGAACAUGAAACGUUGUCUGCGAACCUUAUUGAGGGAGUGUUUAAAGUCAUUUUUAAAAGGGGGUUACACACUAUAUCUUACUUUUGUUUAAUCCUUAUAAAUUUCAUGUACAAUUCCUAAUUUUGUUUAGCCUCUUUCAGGCUCACGGUUAAUUGACGACUGCGACCGUCAUUUUUCGUUUGUUCGCUCCUUCGCUCGUCUACUCUGAAGGAGAGCUAGGAAUUGGCUAAGUGUGGUGAAUUUUUAAACAUCCGAGUAAAAACAAGAAAAUAAUGAGAAAAUUAUAACUUCAAGUUUUCCUUUUGUGUAAAGGUUAACUUUCCUGUGUCCCAAAAACGACGUAAAUUAUCAUGACAUCUUUCCCUAAAAUGUGUGUGAUCUUACUACAGGUAUAGGCCUUGGCAUGGUUAUCAUCACCUUUUUGUGCAGCGUGUAUUACAAUGUCAUCUUGGCGUGGACAUUUUACUACCUGUUUGCAUCAUUCCAAAAGCAUCUACCGUGGGAAAAUUGUGGAAAUAAAUGGAACACUGGCUUGUGUCAGUAAGUGAAAUCUGAAUUUACACUUUCUUUUGCAUGUACGUGGGCCCAAAUCUCUACACAAACAAUUCAGUACGGUGAUGUUGCAUUCAUAGACAUAUAAUUUAUCCAAUAAAUCUAUUGAACAGGGAAGUAACAUCUUUUAUGCUCGGUUACUCUCCACCUUUUCUUUCAUUCUAUCUGUGGAGUAAAACUUUAGGCAAGAUCAAAAAGAGGACUCAGAGUUCCUUUUUUUGCAUAUGUCAUUUGUGGAGCGCCAACGAAUUCUACAUAAUGAUUGUCACAAUAACUACAUACAGUGAACGAAGUCUUUAUGUAUAAAAUUAUUAAUUCAUGCACUUAAUAUCUUAUUUAAGGACAAACCGCUCAGCUUCCUGUGGUAAAGACGAUUGUGGGUGGGUCUCCCCAGAAGAAGAAUAUUUUAAGUAAGUAUCAUUAUCUGAAUCAGCUUGAUCCAAAGACGAAGCUUACACGUGCGCCAUAAGUUUGAAUCAACAAGCAUCAAACGGUUCUAUAAAUAAACACCUCCGUACACCAAGUGAUGUUUAACAUUACUCUAAAGUCUGAGUGCAAGGUAAUUUUGCAGACAGAUGCCAGAAACAAGUCAGUCUUAACUCUUUCCACCCUAACAUCGAUAUGCCUUUUCUUCAAACUGUUCUCUAUGUAUGAGGUCCUGAGGUGUCUACAAGGAGAAUUUGCUUAAAAAUAAAGAGCUUCCUUAGUUUGUGAUUCAGGGGUGCAUAAGGCUAAUAGCCAUACAGUUUACAAAAUAAUUUAGAUUGUUCUCUCCCAUUAUUAAUACAUGGCUUGCGAUAUUUGUCUUUAGCAUAUUGUAAACAUCUCACGGACCGUUGAAUUAUUGAUUCAAGGAACAGAAAAUCAGUUGAUCUGUCGAUCGAGGUUGAAGGAGAAAUGUUUCCCACGAGGGUAGCCCCUCACUAAAACUAAAUGAUGUGGUACUACAAACUAAGCUUUAUCUUAAUAAAUUGCGAAUUUGUGUCAAUUUUUCUUUAAGCAUAAAAGUCCUUCAACUAAGUGAAGGUAUCCAUGCUGCUGGUGAAGUGAGGUUUGAACUCGCCAUGUGUCUUCUCCUGGGAUGGAUCGUUGUUUACUUCUGUGUCUGGAAGGGAAUAAAGUCUGCUGGAAAGGUGUCUGUUUGAAUCUUUUAAUCCUGUUUGUUAAGUGACUUCGUCUCAGGACUUUCUCUCGUAUCAUAACAUGUCAAGGAGUGUUGCUGAAUCAAAUUGUUACUCCUCAUUCUAGACGAAGGGAAAAUCUUCUAAGUGCCAGUGAGGAUUAAAAAUACAUUGCAAGACAACUGGGAAAACGAAUUGCAGUUUUUAUUAGCUCUGCAUUUGAUUAGUUAAACAGAGGGCCCACAUUUCGGAACCAACCAAGAGCGUGGAGAAGCAGACCCGAUGUAAUCGCAGUUGAAAUCACCCACCAAUUAAAACUCAAGUAUCUGUCUGUUUCCUUUCCUCCAGGUUGUUUAUUUCACAGCCACGUUUCCAUAUGUGGUUUUGUUUAUUCUGCUUAUUCGCGGAGCCACCUUGGAAGGUGCAGCCAAGGGGGUUGAAUUCUAUCUGAAACCCAACAUGACAAGACUGAGCGAUCCGCAGGUAAUGUGACAAAUAACUUGUCGUGAAUGUGGAACUUUUUUCACAGGACCCUUACUAGCGUCAAGUAGUAUCUGUCUUAUACAAUAUAAGGUUUCACAAAAUCGGUCUAAAUUUUUUUUUGGUCAGUUACAGCGUUAGCCAUACACACGCAUGAUAAAGGAAGAUUUUUUAAAAUUAAAUUCGAUUGCGAGUAUUGUUAAAGACAAAGAGGGAGCCUUUGUCUUAUUUGAUUUUGUAAUUCAAUGUCGCUUCAACAUUCCAUAUUAACAAAUCUGGCCCUGCAUAUUGCGUUUAAGAACUGGACAUCAGCAAUAUAAUAAAAUCUAUAAUAGAAAUUCUUGAAUCGUCCGCCUCAUAAACAUUUUCAUUUAGGUCAAGGAAGGCAUAAAUUUUUGUGUCCUCGUCGUCUGAAAACAGGUUCAUUUUCAAAGACAAUAUAGGAAGACCAGAUAGGCACUUGAGCUGGUGUUGGUGGUGUUCAGGUUUCACCAGAAUUCAAUCAGACACCUGUUCUUAAGAUCGGUGUUUGAGCUACACUUUCUGAUCAGUUACAUGGUUAUUGUCAAAGGUGUGGGUGUCGGCCGCUGGUCAGAUCUUCUUCUCAUUGAGUGUUGGAUUUGGCGGGCUCAUAACAUAUGGCAGCUACAACAAAUUUAAGAACAACUGUGAGAAGUAAGUGAACCACAUGUCCUGUCCAGUUUCGUUCCACAUUUCAACUGUCUAGUCUUCAGUCUGUAUUGCUUAAAACAUUGUUCGCCUUGUAAGGAAAUCUAGAGGGAGAUCAACUCUUUACUCUUCCUUCCCCCCGCUUUCCCCCCUCAGUAAUGUUUUUUCUUGCAUGUGACAAAUCAAUUCCCUCCGACGGCAAUAUAAUCCUCGGCUUAAUUGUUCAAUCGGUUAAUUGUUCAAAGCGGGAAAUAUUAUUAGCUCUUUCACUGCCAUACAUUGCCUAUAGUUUUAGUUCUGAGAAUUUGGUAUUGGAUCAAAUGUAAUCCCCUAAUUGACAUUCACAUCACUUGUCUGCUCGAUGUUGUAUUGAUAUUGUGUGAAGAAACUAUGUCUUGAUCACUGCUGGGAGUGAAAGGGUUAGAGGUUAUUAGAGAAUGCCAAUAACUCUUGUUUACUUGAUUAAACCCCGUAAAUCGUUAAAAGAUAACGAGUCAUUGUAACCUUCGAAUCCUCAUGCCUCUUCUACAGAGACACGCUUAUUGUGUCCCUUAUCAACUGUGGUACAAGCCUUUUUGCUGGCUUUGUCAUAUUCACCAUGAUGGGUUACAUGGCACAUGUCCUUCAAACAACUGUUGAAAAAGUCGUCAAAGGAGGUACGUUUUGAGAUGAUUGAAAUAAAAACGGUUGAAGAGAGUUGACUUUAUUUGUCAAUGAACGAUUCUAGUGCUGUUAAGCAAUUUCCUCAGAGUUUAUUGAUAUUUUUAUCACCCCAACGGUCAGUGAAACCGUGAACUCUUCGCACCCAAAGUUCAUCGUGACUUAAAUUCGCUUCACGUUGAGAGGAACUUGGCUACCUGGAAUUAGAACAGUAGCCUAAAAGAAUGUUUCGGGCUGGAAACCUAUGACUCAAAUAUCAACGUAGUAUGAGAGUCGUUAAAACUGUAGUAGCAAGGUAACGCGUUAGCAAACGUAACUGAAAGUGUGCCGCGACUGUCUAAAAAGUGCAAAAUUAAAACUGUGACGGAACGCAGGAAUGUUUUAAAACUGCAAGAUUACUUAAUUUUAUUUUUUCUCCACUUGUUCAUUUUUUUGCUACGCAGGGCCUGGUUUGGCAUUCAUAGCCUACCCUGAAGGAAUCAAGCAGAUGCCUGCAUCACCUUUCUGGGCCUUUAUUUUCUUUUUUAUGUUAUUCAAUCUUGGACUGGACAGUCAGGUAUGUGUUUCUUGUCAUGCAUGCUGAUCUAGAUUUGAAUUGUUUAACUAUUCCCUACACAUUUGUCGGUCAGUAUUCCGGCAGUUUCCUUGGAUAAUUUGUGUCUCUCAGUAAACUAAAAUCGCUGGUUAUUUUAUAAUCGACUGUCUGUCUGACUGUCUUAGUGACUGGUGAAACAGAGAAUUAACUCUGAAGUGUAAAUUAAAGUGCUACUUAAACCCAUGAAUAACCCACAGGGCGUUAGCCCUAUUAAAGGGAAACAGGGAACCACACGAGGCAAAGAAAAAAUCUUUUGACCUCGGUGGGAAUCGAACCCACGACCUCCGGAUUAGAUCUACCGUUACUCUGCCGACUGACAUUCAUUCAACAUUCACAUUCAACAUUCAUGUCUUAGUGACUGGCUCGUUUCUAAACUGUGUUCGGGAUAAAACUAACCAUAGGCAUCAUUUAUUUUCUUGAUCCAUAGCAGUGUAAUUGGGGGUAAAUUUUCAGAGGCCAGGGCAUUUUUCAGUGAUAGAAUUUUUUUAAUGCCUCUCUGUUUCGAUUGCAACACAGUUUGUCGGUGUAGAAACGGUCACAACAGUGCUGGCAGACUGGAGACCAGGCUUCCGUCGCUAUAAAUCCGUCAUUACGCUGGGUUUCUGUAUCGUUUGCUACCUACUCGGACUUGCUCACGUGACUCAGGUAAGCGACGUGAUGUGGCUUUUAAACUGGUAACGGUUAUGAUCUUGGACCAAGUGAAGUGAUGGUCGAUACACUUGUAGACAAAAUUUUCAAUGCGGGCGUGCACUGAGACGACCGCCUUCAAGGGGGUCCCCAUGGGGAGACUGGGGCGGAAGUGUCUCAAAAGCUUGCCUCAGACUGUUCCUUGAGCCAUUUUAGUGUUCUAGGGACCAUUUAUUAUUCAUCGCUUUUUUUCUUUUUUUUUUUUGGGAGGGGGGUCGGAGAAUUUUUAGGGAUCACUUGGUUUUGGGGGAAAGGGGGUACUAUAGAAUAUAACUGCCAGUGAGGGGCGGGGCGGGGGGUAAUCAACAUACUACAAAGCCUCGGGGAGGAUCAGGUUAAUUUCAUUGUGAUACAAACAAAAUCCUCCAGCGCCCUUCCCCCCUCCCCUUAGUAAACGAUGACCGGUCCCUGAUGCAGAAACAAGAGAUAUUUCUCACCUCUAAAUUUUGAAUCAAAUCUUUAGACUAGACAGCAAAACCACCGUUGCUACAUACAAAACGAAUGCAUUUGGUAUUCGAGAAUUACUGCCACUGAUCUUUUUUGUUUCUUGUUUUAAUUUUUUUUUCCAGGGUGGCAUGUACGUGUUUCAAAUGUUUGAUUAUCAGGCAGGAGGGAUAUCCCUUGUGUUGAUAGCCUUCAUGGAGGCCGUAGGCAUAGGAUGGUUCUACGGUAAGAGCCGGAUGCUUCUCUGCUUACUUCACAGUAGUAGCUAUUAAAAGCUUCCACCGCUGGUAAUCGCCAAUUAUUAUCUUCUAUUACAACCUCUCGACUUUCUUCAAUGAGAAGCUGAGCAAGUCAAUUUUUUUAAGGCUCCCGUUGCUUUUGUUGGCUCUAAUUACCCGCUCUUUUGUGAAGCUUUUGUUGUUUGGGAACACAGACAAUUCCACGAAUAGAAUUACGAAUACGUUCAUAAUAUCACUUGUUUCACAACACUCGCAAAUAUUUUACGUGUAUACGGUUAAAGCUAAAGCAAAAAAAAAAUUAAAUAAAUCGUUACCUUUUCUAAAACUCAAGUUCAUUGCUUGUGUAUGUUUCCUACAAGUUCUGUGAGGCAUUCCAGAAUAAAAAAAAAAACAAAUGAAGGUCAGUGAGGGCAUUCAUGUACCUCAACAGUUGGUUCUCAACAACAACAGCGAAAGAAAACGUGCUUAUGCGAUCCAGCGGGACAAUGUGGCCCACGUGGUAAAUCAACUCAACGCUAAUGUCCCUAAACAUUUGUUUAAAUUUUUUUUUUUUCCUUUUUUGCAAUGUAACUUUUCCCUUUUGUUUUCAGGUAUCGAGCAAUUUUGCACUGAUAUCGAGAAUAUGAUCGGCCACCGUCCCAACAUGUACUUCCGUCUUUGCUGGAAAUUCAUCUCCCCGCUGAUCAUCUUCGUAAGCAUGUUACAUUCGUUACGAUUUUUUCAGAGUAACUAUGCAUUUCAAGCAUGUUGAAAACUGAGUUGGUAUGAAUGCAUUGAAAACGAAUGAUUUAAAUCGCCAUGGCGAUCGGGUUGAAGAGAAUCCGGUCCUUAUUCAGGCUGAACAUAUAUUUGUGGCGUGUUUGUUCUAUUGAGUUUUGCUGUGACAGGUCUCAUCUACUCUUUAAAGGGGUAAUAUUCAUCAUAUCUUGUUGUUAACAAAUUUCAGGUCAUCUUCGUCUGGUUCUGUGUGGACUGGACAGGCAUAUCUUACAACGGCAAGCAAUAUCCCGGAUGGGCCGAAUUCUUGGGCUGGAUGUUGUGUAUAUCGGCCGUUUUGUGUGUCCCUGGAUAUGCCUUCUAUCGGUGGUGGAUACUACCAGAGGGAACUGCUUACGAGGUAAAAAUGAUGUUUCCAUUAAACUUCCCUCUCCCCCUCCCCAUCAAAAAACAUCAAUAAAUCGGUUAGGGACUCAAGGGUCGUUUCUAGUUAUUGUUGUUGUGACUACUGAGCAGAUGUUGUUUUUGUUUACGUGUUUGUUGACAGUAUUGUUCCUUUUUUUUCGCUGCUUGUGUUGUCAGUUCUUCCUAUGCCAAGACAGCUUGAAUACUGAUUUUAAAUUUAUUGGCUUUUGUAGGUUCAGUAAAAUGAUAAAAGGUUGUUAAGUCUACUAAAUCAUUCCAGCCACCCCAAAAAUCCCCCUACCAAUAUGAUGCCUGAAAAAAAAUUUGUUGCGUUCUUCACAAACUCAGCAACGCAACGUCUUCUUUUUCAGCGUUUCCGCACAAUUCUCCAACCUGAUCAAGCAGUCAUGGAAAAGAUCGCACGAAGAAACAACAUCAAACGAAAUAAGUAA